AUGGGUCCUCGUUUACCGGUCGUAUAUUUGGUUCGCCAUGGAGAAACAGAAUGGUCAAAAAACGGCCAACACACUUCAAUAACUGAAGUAGAGUUGACUCCGCAUGGUAGAACCCAAGCACGUGAUUUAUCACGGUUCGUAUUUGAGAAUCCUUGUCAAGACUUUAUCGAUCCGACAAACAUCACUCAAAUCUACGUAUCACCACGCCGUCGCGCGCAACAAACCCUCGAAUUGAUAAAUUUGCCAAAUAAGAGCACUAUUUCAACUAUUAUUGAUCCGAAUUUGACGGAGUGGCAUUAUGGAGAUUACGAGGGUGUUACAACGCAUGAUAUUCAUAGCGGCAUUUAUGCAUUUUGGGAUAUUUGGCGCGAUGGGUGUCCAAACGGUGAAACGAUUGAACAAGUAUCAAACAGAUGCGAUCAUGUGAUUGCAAAACUUAUGGCUCAUCAUGCUAGCCACAUGGAUCAUGAUCCAAAUGGACCUGGUGGUGACAUACUUGUCGUUGCUCAUUCACAUUUACUUCGUAUUUUGGCGAUGCGUUGGUUAAAUUUACCACCAUCACAUGGACGAUACACUCUUCUUGACACUGCGAGCUUAAGUGUACUUGGAUAUGAUCGAUCGAUGCGCGUUCCGGUGAUUAGAUCGUGGAAUGUGACUAGCCAUUUGUUUCAAAAAGAGAGUACCAACGAACCUAUUAAUUAA